GGCUCAAGGCCGUUUGACCCGUGUAGACUGGAGCUGGAGCCGGGCAUAGACACAACUUCCUGGCUCUUUGGGGCCGGGGCCUGCUCUCCGCAAUCUAGCCUCCUGUCCUUGGCCUGCCUAGGCUAUCGGAAGCGGGGGGUGGCCAGAACAUCCCCGUGAACCAGCAGCGUUCCAGACUCCGGGAAGGGGCCAGGGCCGAUUGCACCAUAUCCGGUACACGUAGAGCAGGAAGAUGUCGGAGCCCAUGGCGAUGAGCUUGCUGGAAGAUUGGUGCCGGGGCAUGGGACUGGACAUCCACAGGUCCCUCUUGGUUACUGGCAUUCCUGAGCACUGUAGCCAUGCAGAAAUUGAGGAGACCUUGAAUGGGGUCCUCUUGCCACUGGGCACAUACCGUGUGGUCAACAAAAUUUUUUUGCGGCAGGAGAACGUCAAAGCUGCGCUUGUUGAGGUUAGCGAGGGUGUGAACCUGAGCUCUGUACCUCGCGAGUUCCCAGGGAAGGGUGGUGUCUGGAAAGUGGUCUGCAGAGACCCCACCCAGGACGCCGAGUUUUUAAAAAAUCUGAACGAAUUCCUGGAUGGCGAAGGGCGCACUUGGGAGGACGUGGUACGUCUCUUGAGGCUCAACCAGCAUCCAUCGUUCCCGAACCCAAACCAGCCUCCACCGAACUGGGCAGAAGCCAUGGGGCUGCUCCUGGGCGCCGUGGUACAGGUUAUCUUCUACAUGAAUGCGGAAAUGCGUAAUCGGGAGGAAGAAGCGAGGGCCGAGGAGGCCGAGCUGAUGGCUUGGGCUUCAACAGCAAGGAGAACGGUAAAGAAGGAACCCGGACUGGGUGUAGAGGUGGGCUCGACUUUCAAGAUGGAGGACCGAAACUACUGGAAGACUGCAGAGGACCGUGGUGACUCUCCAAAACCUCUAUUUCGCCGGGCUGGAGGUAAGAUUCGCUCCAGGAGAAGGAAGCAGAAAAAAAAUCCUAAGCAAGAACCAACAUGCUGGAGAAAACCCCAAGGCAACAAUUACAAUAAGGUGAAUUUAGAAGGCGCUGAAGCUGCAGCUGCCCGAAACUCAGAGAUCCCGGAGUCUGUCAAGAACAACAAAAAACCCUUUGUGAAGCAGGAGGAGACAGUUUGGAAGAAGAAAAGAGUCUGGAGGGAUCCCAACGAUUUUCCUCGGCGUUCACGGGCCACAGCAGAGGGCCCUGGGAAUCUGGAGGACUCAGAUCAAGAGGGUGGUCCUGAGAGCCCUCCAAAGAAGAAAGCCAUGACCUGGGCCACAAAUAAGAUCCCUGCCCCCAUGAGGAAGAAGAAGAAGAUGGGCAUGGGCUCCCUCUCUUAUGUUCUGAUUGAUUCUGAAGCUACCAAGAACACGCCCGUGAUUCCCAAGAAAGGGCCUGGUUCUAGAAGGGCCAUGUUGGUUCAAAGGGCUCCUCGGGGGCCCCAACCUGCUAAUGCACCUGCGAAUGCACCUGCGAAUGCACCUGCUAAUGUACCUGCUAAUGCACCUGCUUCAGCUUCCAGUGCUCAGAAGACCAAGCCAGGAGGAUUCCCUCAUGUCUCCAAAGAUUCCAGAAAGCUAUGAUUUGGGGAACCCUGCAUCUGAGGAGGUGGAAGAGCAUCGAGAAAGAAGUUUCAAGUUGGAAGCUGACUUUUUCUUUGUGGUUGAAUGAAACAUGACUUUGGACUCUGUAGGGGCCUAUUAAGUGUGUGUGCUCUGACCUGCACAGGUAACGGAUGUAAGGCCUUAGGAGGUGUGUGUGUUGGGGUAACUCUGUGUCUUUUCCUCAGUGGGAGCUUCUUUUCAUCUCUGCUCACCCUCAAAGGGGAAAGAGGUUAUAAGUAGCUUUGGAAAAUGCUAGAACAUUCUUUCUGUUUUAUCCACAAGAGGGCUCUUGGUUAUGUUUACCCACAUUUAGCCUUUAUUUUCCUCUACCCUCUGCUUUUUCUUUUGGAGGCCCAGCCCACUUGUAGAGCCUGAAGUCCCGAAGGGCAGGGUGGCCAUUUUGUCCCUUGUGCUGUAAGCAUUCGGUAAGUCAGGCCUUGCUCUUCGAAGCUUGCUUUGUGUACUUCAACUUCGGUCCUUCAGCAGCCUAGCCAGAAGUUGGUUAGGUCCCAAGAGUUGGUUCUGGAGAAAACCCAAACAUCUCUUGCCCUUGAAUUCUUCAGAUUUCAGAGUCUUAAAAAAAAAAAAACAAAAAACGGAGGGCAGGGGAGAUGACUCAGAGGGAAAGAGGACUUGCAGUGUAAACGCAAGGACCUAAGUUCUAAUCCUUAGGCCUCAUGUGAAAAGGUCCUGCAUGGCUGCCUGUGCCUGUAACACCAGCAUCGGUGGUGGAGACAGGUCAAUCCCAAGGACUUGGGGGCCGGCCCCCCUAUCUGAGCCGGUGAGCUUCUGGGCAGGGGAAUCCCCCAGUGAGGAGCUGUGGGCGUGGCCAAAUGGCAGAGCUCCUGCCUAGCAUAUGCAAGGCCCUGGGUUUAAUCUCCAGAACCAAUAAAAACCAAAAUGGAAUAAAAACAGCACUUUAGUUCCCAAAUGGAGUGAUGGCCCUCUCAGAAAGCCUGCUGGGAGAGGAGAGGUUGGUAGAGAAAAAUCAGCAUUUAGCUCUAAUUCUGUUGACUUCUUAGAGACCCCCUGUCAUUGAGGCUUAAGUCAGAUGCUCACAUCAUAGGAAGAAAGGGAAAACCUCUCUCUUUUCAAAAGUUUCUUUUAAAUGGACGGAAUUCUAUCCUCUGAAUUUAGUGCCACUAAGUCUGGCCAUGCUGCCCUUCUGUGUGUGUGUGAAGGAGAGAGAAUGGUGUCUUCACCAUCUGUGGUUUCUAAGCUACAUCCUGGGGACCCUUUUUUUUCAUGUUUAGAAGCACGAAAGAGAUGCUGGAGAUACGACUCAACGAGAAAAGGGGCAGGGGCUUGCCACCAAGUUCAAGUCCCUGGGUUCAAUCCCCAACACCCACAUAGUGGAAAGAGAGAAGCAACACCCGUGUUAGCCUCUGAUCUCCACAAUUAUUCCAUGGGCACAAGUACGCCCCCAGGAAAUAAAUAUAAUAAAACAUUUUAACAUUCAGAAGAAGCAGCUGUGGUGACAAGUGGCUGUAAUCCCAGCAUGUGGAGGUUGAGGCAGGAGAACUGCUAUGAGUUCAAGGCCAGCUUGGGCUAUAGAGUGAGACCCUGCCUCAAAAUAAAUAAGUAAAUAAGGACAUUUUGUUUAAAGUGUAGAAAAAUGAAAACUCAACUGUGUUGUGAUCCAAAAUAUCUAAAAUAUUCCCUUGUGUGUAUAGGAUAACUGUAACUAGCCAUUGACUCUGUAUUUUGUAUAUAGUUGUAUUUUUCUGUGUAUGUGUGUGUCCUUCUGUGCAUGUGUGUGUAUGUGGAGGCAGAGGGUUACUUUGGGUGUCACUCCUCAGCCACCACCCACCUUUUUAUGAGGGCCAGUCUCUCACUGUCCUGAAACCGGCUAGGAGGCUGGUGGGGCAGUGGACCCCAGGGAUGCCCCCCACCCCCAGAACUGGGGCUACAAGCCUGUGCUACAACGUUGACUUUUUGUUUGUUUUUGCACAGGUUCUGGGGAGCAAACUCAGAUCCUUCCUCUUGCAACAUAGUUUUCUAAUGAGGUGUCGGUGUGUGUGUGUGUGUGUGUGUCCCACUCUCUAAGUUUCUUGUAGGUGUGAACUUUGAGGAGAAAGGUCGGAAGGGAGUGGAAGAGAUUUGGUCCCCUGCAUGUCCUGUAACACAAUAUCCAAAAUGAGUCUGCACCUGUGUGUUUCGCUUCCCUGUUCAGCUGUGACAGCGAGGUCCCUUGCUAACCUGUGCUAACCUGGUACACAGCGGGCUUUCCGUCCUGGACUGCCAGCCCUCUUGAGUUUUCAUGCCCUUUUCCCCACUGCAGAUUUCUUGAUCCAGAAACUGCGUUCAGUUGUUAAACAUUUGUCAGUGAGUCAGUCAGCCUCCAGCCUCUUUUCCUGUGAUAAUCCUUGAGACGCCUUCAUGGAAGUAGCACAUUGAUACAACAAUCAGUGACUGUAAAUGUGUGAGUGUAAAAUAAAGUUGUG